UGGAAAUUGCCAAUUAAUUGGCUAUGAUAUUAUGGUAUUUUGUACAUAAUAUUCUGUUGUACAUAAUAUUCUUCAAGUGUUAAGCACAGUGGUGAAAACUGUGCUCUGCUCUGAUAACAUUCUGCGUUUUGAAACUGUCUGCAUAAUAGUUUGUGGACCCAUGAAUUCAGUUUAUUCUAAUUUACGUCAACUCCGUCAAGAAAACGUUUCCGCACCCAAAUCCAGGAUGCGGAUGCCUUGAUAACCUUACAAUGCGUAUGCAGUUUUGCGUUUUAUGACUUCGUGCUCUGAAACUGUAUUCCAUCAACUUUGCAGCGAAUUAAUUAUUAUUGUCCUGGCCCGGUUUUGCCGCUCAUUUUGCAAAGCGUGACACCGCUGACAGCAAUAAAGCGAUUAUACGGAAUCAUUAUAUAAGUUCGUUGACAGGAAAUGUAAAAUCUGGCAACGACAGCAAGUUGAGUUGCAUCAAAUAUAAAUGUUUUAGCAGCUAAUUGCUGCAUUGCUAAUGCACAAUUGCAGGUUGACUGACGAGCCAGGUCUCAAGUCCAGUACCAGCCUCAAAGGUCACCUGCGGAUUAGCAAUCAUUGUGCAUAACUGAUCUAUUACUCUGCCUGUCGGCUGGAUAUCCGUUACAAUAUGGGAUCCUUAACACUUAAGAUUUCCAGGCUAGUGAAUCUAUUGCGGAAAUGUCUGUGUUGUUUUAUAUUGACGACGGCGUUACUGCAAGGCGCAAAGUGUUUUCCAAUGGGUCCCAGGGUAGGGAGAUCAUUUGGUGAAUCGGUGAGAAAUACCGCCGCUGAUGAUUCCGCGCAGUACGAAACGAUAAUAAGAACCCCGGAUAUGAACGAUAGUUAUGCUGCACUGGCGAAAGAAAUUAUUAUCACACCGUCGGCAACUUUGUUAAAAAUGUCGGUGGAUCUUCUGCCCACUGAAUACAUGGUCCCAAAGAGAAACACACUGAAAUACUGGCCCAACAAAACAAUUGCCGUAGACAUUUCAAGUCGUUUCGCUCCCGAAGAAAGAAUAACGAUAUGGAAUGCACUGCAAGCACUAUCCGAAUCAGUUGAUUCUUGCAUAACGUUCAUCAAUAAAACUUUCCAUGAGUCGGACUUUCUGUUUUUCCAAAAAGGAAAGCUUUGCGAUGCACGGAUUGGCUAUAACGGAGGACGACACGUUGUAAAACUGAGCGUGGAAUGCUUAGAUCCAGGCGAGCUGGGUUUUGUCCAGCAUGAAGUUUUGCAUGCCUUGGGAUUUUUUCAUGAACACUCCAGAAGCGAUCGGGAUAACUGGGUGGACAUAAACUAUGAGAACGUUAAGCCGAUUAAAAAGAAAGAAUUUUCCAAACUGAAAUUCCGUACAUGGGAUCUGCCAUACGAUUAUUUAAGUGUUUUGCAUUAUUCAUCCGAUGCAUGUGCAGUCAACGACACGAUACCAACCGUCAAACCCACCAGCUUAGCCGUCAGUUUAACAACUAUUGGCCAGAGGAAAGGACUGAGUCCCACCGACAUCCAGAGAGUAAAAAUCCCAUAUAUGUGUGGAGAAAAUUUGGCCAUCGGUGAUACACGCUGGGCUGAUAUGAAUCAAAGGAGGCAAUCCCGAAAACAGGACGCCGUCGACGAUCCUUAUGCGUCUCCCGUACAACAGGAACAGCAGAACGAUGAAUGAAAGGUCAUGUUCUGUGGCUAUAUUAUCUCAAAGUCAGCAGAACAUACCUAUUAACGUGUGGGUCAACUCUUUAAUUGUUUCUGCUGCGGAUCAGUAUUAUGAUGCUCAGUAGUUUGUGUCGGUGCUUUGUGUGUAAAUGAUUGAUAAAUUAAAUAUUUUUACCCUAAGGAAUUGAUCAUGAGUUUUUGGAUUUGCACUAAUUUAAUGGUUUGGCUAAUUUACACUGACAAUAAAUUGACUACGCUAUGUAUAGCA